CAGUAGUGCCGUAGAGGCACAAUGUUGACCUACAAGGUGUUGGUAUCUACUGAUAGACAGAGGACUGCUGAGACAAAGAACAGCAUUUACCUGACGCUGCUGGACUCAAAUAAUCAGAGCAGUGAAAGAACCCUGGUGAAAAAAUCCCGCUUUGGUGGUAUGGAAAGGGAGAUCUCCUUUGACGUCUGUGCGAAGAAGGACCUUGGAGACAUUGUCCAGGUGAAACUUGAAAAGGAGAAACACUUUGUCAAUUUUCAGUGGUUUUGUAAGCAUAUCAAAGUGAAAACACCCUCAGAAAAGUUCUUUGAGUUCCCCUGUCAUCGCUGGUUAGUAGGCAAAAAUGAAGUGAUUAUUAUCCGAGAAGGCAGUGCUCAGUUGCCUCAGGAUGACACUGAAUUGCUUAAAAAGCAAAGACAAGAGGAACUAGAAUCUACACGUAAAAUAUUCAGAUGGAAUGAGUGGCGCCCGGGCUUCCCUAUGAGCAUAGAUGCCAAAAUGGAUGAACUUCCUAGUGAAGUUCAGUUUGAUAAAGAAAAAUCUUUAGAUUUUGAAUUGAAUUUCAUUAAAGCGAUUGGGGAUUCAUUUCUUGACAAAUUUAAAGGUUUCAUUCAGUCCUGGAAAGACUUGGCAGAUUUUGAAAAGAUAUUGGAAGAUUUUAAAAUCAAGAACACUCUACUAGAGAACGUGAUGCAAGACUGGAGUAAGGAUUACAUGUUUGGCUAUCAGUUUUUGAAUGGCUGCAAUCCUGUCAUGAUCAGGAAGUGCAUGAAUCUUCCAGACAAUUUUCCAGUCAGACAUGAGAUGGUGGAUGGCUUUCUGAGGAGAGGUGCCACACUACAAGAGGAAAUAAAGGCGGGAAACAUCUACAUAGCGGAUUAUGAAAUACUGGAUGGAGUGCCAGCAUCCAGUACUCGGCACUAUUUGACUGCACCCAUCUGCCUGCUGUACAAAAACAGAUUGGACCAAAUUGUGCCAAUUGCCAUUCAGCUCAGUCAAAACCCUGGGGAAAAGAGCCCAAUCUUUCUCCCAAGCGAUAAUGAAUAUGAUUGGAUGCUUGCCAAGAUGUGGGUGAAAUCUUCUGACUUCAAUGUACACCAGUUGGUCACACACCUUCUCAAGACACAUCUGAUAUCAGAGGUUUUUGAAAUUGCCAUGUACAGACAGCUCUCUGCAGUCCAUCCUGUACACAAGUUACUGAAACCACAUGUUCGUUUCACAAUUGCAAUCAAUGCAGAGGCCCGUGAAAAGCUCGUCAGUGAUGGCGGGGUCUUCAGCAAGAUUAGUAGCAUCGCUGGAGCUGAGAUGGAGAAAGUGAUUAAAAGAGCCAUGGAGACUUUAACCUACGAGUCCCUGUGCUUCCCUGAGGCCAUAAAAGCUCGAGGAAUGGAAGAUAUACCCAAGUACUUUUAUAGAGAUGAUGGCAUGAAGAUCUGGGAGGCAAUAAACUGUUUUGUUUCUGCUGUGGUCGAGAUCUACUAUGACAGCGAUGAAACGGUUCAAAAAGAUGUGGAGAUUCAAGAAUUUGUUAAGGAUGUUUCCUUUGGCAUGAAUAAUUCUGACAAGUUUCCAAAGUCUCUGAAAACACGAGAGGAGCUAGCUGAGUACCUGACUGUUGUGAUAUUCACAGCUUCAGCACAACAUGCUGCAGUCAACUUUGGACAAUUUGACUGGUAUGGCUGGAUCCCCAACAGUCCUUCCACCAUGCGCAAGCCGCCUCCCGAACAGAAGGGCCAAGUGGAUUUGAAGUAUAUCAUGGAUAGUCUGCCUGACCGUGGAUGUUCCAGCAAGGCUCUAGGAACAGUUUGGGCCCUCAGUCAGUUCCAGAAGAAUGAGCUGUUCUUAGGCACGUAUCCAGAUAUGUGCUUCACGGAGCAACCAGUGAAGGAAGCCAUAAAGACUUUCCGCAAGAAACUGGAUGAGGUGACCAACAUCAUCAAGAGCAGGAAUGAGGAAUUAACAUUGGAUUAUUGUUAUUUGUCCCCAGACAAAAUCCCCAACAGUGUUGCAGUUUGACAAAAUAUUGCCAAGCCUAACCAUAGUGUUCACGGCCAAUGUGUGCUUGACACAGAAGGAGAGAAGAACAGCUCUACUUAAAAUAUAAUGUAUUGUAAAACACAGAGCAUUCUGCCUUUUAAGAAAUUAUGUUUAAGGCUUCUUGUAUUUGACUCUGUUACUGGGAAGUAAGGGAUAUUACUUUGUAAAGCCAUCUGUACUCGUAUGUAUCUUAUCUGAGGGGUGACUGUUGGUCUGGCUCAUGCCAGGAAAGCAGAACAGUUUAUUUGGCUAUGCUUUCAAAGAGCACACAUUAUAAUCCACUUAUUAUUGUAUUUUUCACAUGUCAUAUUCAUAUAUCCAUACUAUGGUAUUCAUUUACUCAUCCUUUGAUUCAUUUAUUUGUAUUCUUUAUUACUCGUGAUAUAUUGUUUGUAAUCUAUUUUAGAUAUUCAUUUGACUUAUUUUUUACCUUACAGUUAUAUUGAGAUCUUACAUCUAUAUUGAUUUUGUGCUGAUUAUCUUGUAUACACGUUUUGCUGUUGCUGUGUUCCAGCUUAAUUUCUUUUGGUAUGAGGAAGGGUUCUCUAAUAGAGAUCAGCUGAUGAAGAAUUGCUGUCAUGGGCAUGAAAUAUUUGUUUCAUGAAUGCUGUAAAGGAAUUGUUUUGAGAUUGUGAACAACUCUGGCUGCACUUCAAAUGGUUGCUACAUUUUCUUUUUCCCCCUUGGGAGCUCUCCUAAUAAAGAAAGCUUUAAUAAAAUAAUUCAAUCUCGAAUCUACCCUUUCAAAAAUACUAGAAAAGGCAGUAUUGUCACAACUAUGUUCCUUUUUUUUUUUUUUUUUUUAGAAAGAAAUGGUAUCUACAAGGAUUUUUAGUCAGGAUUUAGACCGUACCAUAGUACUGAGACUGCUCUCAUUAGAGUUACAAAUGAUUUGCUUUUAUCAUCAGAUCGUGGUUGUAUCUCUCUAUUAGUGUUACUGGAUCUUAGUGCUGCAUUCGAUACUAUCGACCACAAGAUUCUUUUAAAUAGACUCGAAAAUUACGUUGGCAUUAGUGAAAUUGCAUUGGCAUGGUUUAAAUCACUUAUCUGAAUCAUACUGUAGCAGUAAAUGAAGAGAUGUCUACCGAUCACAAGUUCAAUAUGGAGUACCGCAAGGCUCAGUAUUAGGACCGUUGCUUUUCACUCUGUACAUGCUACCCUUGGGAGAUAUCAUUUGGAAGCAUGGCGUUAGUUUUGUCUAGUUAAGUCUUUCUUUUGAAAUCCCCAUUUUAGCAUCUGUACAACCACAUUUUUCCAUCUUAAAAAUAUGUCUAAAUUACGACAUAUGCUCUCAAUGACAAAUGCGGAACAGUUAGUUCAUGCGUUCAUGACCUCAAGGCUAGAUUACUGUAACGCUCUACUGGGUGGUUGCCCUGCUCGCUUGAUAAACAAACUACAGCUCGUACAAAAUGCCAGUGUUGUAGUCAAGACGAGCUCAUUCGAGUCCAAGUCGAGACCAAGACCAGAGAGGCUGGAGUCCAAGACAAGUUCAAGUUCACAUUAGGUUGGGUCUGAGACAAGACCUAAAGAAAUCUUCAAGAAUAUGUAAAUGUUUGGUGGAAACAAUAAAAUUGGCACCAUACUCAUCAAAUAUACCAUGGCAUGUAAACUGUAUUUUAUUUACUUAGAGUGAUAUUGGUUUAAAAAAUAUUAUCAGUUAAGGGUAAAAAGGCCACAUAGUUGGUGGUGUAAAGGUAACCUAAACUCUGGAACAAUCUUCCUAGAAUUGUUCGGGAAGCAGACACAUUCUGUCAGUUUAAUUCUAGACUAAAAACACAUCUCUUUAACCUGGCAUACACAUAACACAUUAUCCAUUUCUAUUAUUCAAAUCAGUUAAAUGAUUGUUUGGCUGCAUAAAUUAGGUCAGCCGGAACCGGGAACACUUCCUAUAACACACGAUAUACUCGUACAUCUACGCUAAUAUUAGUCUCUCUGUUUAUCCUGAGGUUUACUGUAGUCAGUCGGAUCUGGGCCGUAUCCAGAUCAGAUGGAGGACCUGCGGCUAGACACAACCACAUCCCUGAAAUGUCAGCAGAGAUUGUGUCAAGUAUACAAUCCCUUGUGAAGGCCUCAUUGACACGACAGCCAGUGGCAUAGAUUCCCAACAAAACCGUUUCCAUACCGGCAUGAUGACUGAUCUUCAACCAGAUGGAACUGGAUUAAAUAUUUUAACUGUUCCAAUCCCAAUCUUAGUUAUGACCCGUAAUGCUGCCUGAAUCAUAAUCAUGGACUGUUCGUUGUUGGCCAGAGGAGAACUGACCCCCUGACUGAGCCUGGUUUCUCCCAAGGUUUUUUUUCUCCAUUUUUGUCACCUGAUGGAGUUUGUGUUCCUUGCCUCUGUUGCCUUUGGCUUGCUUAGUUGGUGACACUUGAUAUUCAACAAAGUUUUUGAUCUGCCUGCAUUGACACCAUUGUAUGCGAACUGAACUGAGAUGGACGAUGACAUCACUAUUUUCUCCAGAGCUGCUGUAUAGAUAAAUUAACUAAAUGAAUAACGAUUUUUUUUUUUUUUUUUUACAACGGAAUGAAUCAAUACUGAACUUACUUAAGUUGGACAAUGGCACUAUUUUCUUCUAGAGCUGCUUUGACACAGUCUGCAUUGUAAAAAGCGCUAUAUAAAUAAAGAUGACUAUAUAUCUAUAUAUAAAAUCUUACACUUGAUGCUCAUGGGAGUACAGGUGUAGACUCAAUCUUUCUAUGUAAUUUGUAAAUGUAUCAAAUCUUUUCAGAGCAUUGAUUUCUUAAAGCAUUUCUCAGACUUUUUAUAUAUAUAUAUAUAAUCAUGAAUCAUAAUCAUGGACUGUUCGUUGUUGGCCAGAGGAGAACUGGCCCCCUGACUGAGCCUGGUUUCUCCCAAGGACUAUGGUUUCUCCACUAGGAACAUGAAAUUAUCCAGCCAUCCUGUUUCACAGGAGUAUAAAUAUGAAGAACACAAAAGCUAAAUUCCCUUAAUCAUUCAUCACGAUGAGUAAAACCAAAGAAUAUAGUUCUGAUGUGCAGCAAAAGAUUGUUGAGCUUCACAGAAUAGAAAGUGGCUGUAAGAAAAGAGCUAAAGCAUUGAAAAUCCCAAUUUCCACAAUCAGGGUAAUAAUUAAAAAGUUCCAAUCAAUUAAAGUUGUUACAAAUCUGCCUGGAAGAGGACGCGUGUCUAAAUUGUACUAAUGCGCGGUGAAGGAGGAGAAUUUGAGUGGUCAAAGAUUCUCCAAGGAUCACAGUCAGAAUUGCAGAAAAUAGUUUAGUCUUGGGGUCAGAGAGCCUCCAAGUGCACCACAGACUGUUUGGGAGGGUUUCAAGAAAAAUCCUCUGCUCUCACCCAAAAACAAACUCCAGCAUAUUCAGCUAUCAGACGUCAAAUGGGACUGAGUUCUAUGGUCAGACCAAACUAAAAAAAAUGAGCUUUUUAGCAGCAAACACUCAAGAUGGGUUUGGUGCACACAGGUAUAGAAAAGCACCCCAUGUCCACAGCUAAAUAUACCACUGGAUCUUUAUUGUUGAGGGCCUGUUUUUCUGCAGGAGGUCCUGGACAUCUUGUUCAGAUACAAGAUGUCAUGGAUUUUAUCAAAUAUCAACAGAUAAAAAAAUUAAAACCUGACCACCUCUGCCAAAAAUCUUACAAUGGGCCAUGGCUGGAUCUUCCAACAGGACGAUAAUCCAAAAACAAGCAUCAAAAUCAACACAAAAAAAAAUGUGUCACUGAGCACAAAAUGAAACCGCUGCCAUGGCCAUCCGAUUCCCUGACCUGAACCCUAAAGAAAAUGAGUGAGGUGAACUGAAGAGAAGCAGCAAAAAGUAUUGGUGUAUUAGAGAAAAACAUUUCAUAAUGCGACUUCCUCACCCCCAUUCUCAAUUAAUAAAUUCUAAUAUGUCAGUGAAAGCUUAGAUUUUUUUUUUUUUUUUUUUAAAUAAAUGAAAUGCUGUUUUGUUCAUAUUUACCAAGGGUACUAACAAUUGUCUACAUCUGGUGUAUGUUUAUACAAUGACUGAUUAACAUUAAUUAGCAGUACUUAUUAAAGGGUUAGGGUUUUCUUUAGUGUUGUAACUCUGCAUAACUCAGUCAUUACUAUAGUAAGUACACGAAAUACGCAUAACAAGGAUACCGUAAAAAUAAAGUUUUACCACAGUUUCACUCCGAAAUGAGCCGUAAAAAUGAUAAAGUUGUUCGCAACCAUUUCAUGCGGACUUUAAAAAUAUUUGGCCAGGGUUGUGUGUGAAGUGUGUUAGAGAGUGAACACUUGGAAGCAAAAACAGUAAAAGUAAUUUGUUUAAUAAAAUAGGCAAAUGCAAUGUAAAAAUUUAAUGCCGAAACAACCAUAUAACUAUAUAAAAGAAAUAACAUACAAACUUGCAGCUGAGGGGAAAGGAUAGACACCUGCAAAUAUCAUACAAAAAGUUUGAAAAAUCAGUGCUUUUCAAAAAAACAAACAAAAAAAAAACAAAAAAAAAACACCCACCUUACAGUAUAAUUCAUGCUUUAGAUAAAUCUUUAAUGCCAAAGAAACAAUUAAAAAAAAAAAAAAAAAAACGCAUUGAAGAAUGUGGGAUUUGCAAAA